AUGAAACUUGAUUACGAGGCUUUGGCCGCCUACAUGGGCCCUGACUGCACUCCGUGCGCAAUCGGAAACCGCAUCGUUCGCCUUCGUCACAAAGCUGAAUCCGUCGAUCUAUCCACCACCCCAAAGACCACUCCGAGCUCGACUCCUCGCAAGCGCAAGGCUGCCUCAACCCCUAAGACCCCUACCAAGAAGAAUACGGACAAGGGCAAAGACAAGGCGGUUGAGGAAUAUGAUAGCGAGACUGAGAUGGAGGAAAAGCCCUUGAAGAUCUAA